CCAACAAGAACAUCUCCCUCCCUCCGCAGCAAAUCGUCAACAGAAAUGACGACUCCAAAACUCUUCAACCUCACCGCCGCCUUCAUCUCCCUUUCCCUCUUCCUCUCCUCAUCAUCAGCCGACGGCGCCACCGCCACCAGCCUCAUCACCGGAACCUGCAAGCAAACCCCCGACUUCAACCUCUGCGUCUCCACCCUGAACGCCAACCCCCGCGGCCCCAAAGCCGCCGGCGUCCAGACCCUCGCCCUCAUCAUCAUCGACGCCGUGAAGGCCAAGGCAACGACGGCGUACGCGGACUUAAAAAGGCUGCUCAAAACGGCGCCGGAAUUGGAGGGGCCACUCAAGAGCUGCGCCGAACAAUACAACGUCAUUUUGACGGCGGAGAUUCCGGAAGCGGAAGAAGCCGUGAGCGGCGGGGUGGCCAAGUUCGGAGAAGACGGGAUGAGAGGGUCGGCUAGCGGUGCCGAUUUGUGCGAGGACGGGUUCGUGAAGGUCAAGUCGCCGUUGACGGCGGAGAACAAGGCCGUUUCCGGCCUCGCCGCCGUGGGGGCGGCCGUGAUCCGGCAGUUAGAGUGACAGAGCGUUGAGGAGAGUGGCUGCUAUUUUUUUUUUACGAGUUUAUUUAAUAAAGGAUAAUAUGAUUGGUAGGGACGGAGUCAGGAUUCUUGAUUAGAGGUCAAUUUUUUCCCAUAUUAUAUAUACUAGAUUCAGACCCGCCGGCCAGUUGGCCGGAUACGUUUUAUCAUAUGAUAUAAAUAACAAUAAUAAUUUUGUGAAACAAAAUACAUUUUCAUUUGUGAUUAUAAAAGAGUAAUUUUUAA